CUCUCCACAAUUAGCUGCUUUAACCUCUCCAUGUGGGAUGUGGCUAUAGUCUUCACUGCAUCUUCCUCGCCAUUUUCUCUUUCUUCCUGUACUUUCCCCCUCCCUUAAUUUCUUUCUCUCUUCUUUUUUUUUUUAUUCUCCAGAUUUUUCUCUGAUACACAUCUUUUCCUCGAAUGAUCGCAGGUUGAGAGAGAGGAUGGUUUCAGAGACUUGGUUUCGUAAUCUGUGGAGAUUUCCAAAGAAACAUGAAGGUCAUAAAGAGAAGGUGGUGCUCGGUGUAUUAGCUUUCGAGGUUGCAAGUUUACUGUCGAAACUUGUUCAUCUGUGGCAAUCUCUUAGUGAUAAAAAUGUUGCAAGGCUUAGGGGGGAGAUAACACAUUCCACGGGUAUAAAGAAGCUAGUUUCGGAAGACGAUGAUUUCAUUGUAAGACUAAUACGCGAUGAAAUGAUGGAGAACGUCGAGAAUGUAGCCAAAGCUGUGGCUAGGCUCGCUAGAAAAUGCAACGAUCCCAAGCUGAAGAGCUUUGAGAAUUGUUUCAGUGAGAUGAUGAAGACUGGGGCUGACCCAUAUGGGUGGCAGUUUGGGUGGAAGAAAAUGGAUAGAAAAGCGAAGAAAAUGGAACGUUUCAUCUCAUCAAAUGCAAGUCUCUACCAGGAGACUGAGAUUCUGGCGGAUCUUGAACAGACUUUCAAGAGAAUGAUGAGCAAUGAAUCUGCAACCGACAAUCUAUUGGAGUAUCAGAAAAAAGUUACAUGGAAAAGACACGAAGUGAAGAAUCUUCGGGAUGUCUCUCUUUGGAACCGUACUUAUGACUAUACCGUGAUUCUCUUGGUUAGAUCAAUUUUCACAAUCCUAAGUAGGACUAAACAUGUUUUUGGCAUUAGUUACAGAGCAGAGGCAAGUGAUAUUAGCUCUGCAGAUUCUGAUUUCAUUGGUCGCAGCCAGUCGGUUUCUACAAUUUUGACACCUGUGUCUCAUCAAUCUGAGACUACCGGUCCUCCUAGAUUUGCUUCUGGUCCCCUUGGAAGAUAUACCAGUCCAGCAUCAGGUUCAGUUGCUACAAGGACGAAGAUGAGUGAUUUCCUUUCGGGUUCUCUCAGCGCCCAAUCCCCUAAGUCAGGUCCUCUUGUUGCAGAAAAGAACAAACGUUUCAAGUUUUACUCAGGUCCGCUUGGAAAGUUCACCUCCAAAUCAGGACCACUUAUCGGUAUGAGCAAGCACAACAAAAAGAUGGGGCAGACCCCGGAAAGGCCUUCAGUUUCCUCAGCGAAAAAGCAAUCGAAAGCCAACCGCUUAACACAGGUUGGCCCGUUUAAAGGUUGCAUGGUGUCUCACGACGGGAUUACUCCUCUCAGCACUAGGACCCGGAAUGGAGCUAGGAAUAGUAGUGCUGAGCAUCAUAAUCUUGAAGGAAAUUCUAACUCUGUCCACGUUGAAAACUUGGUACUUCCUUCCCGACCCAAGCUGGCAGAUGCUGCUCCUAAUACCCUUGGUUCCGCUUGCUUAGCAUUACACUAUGCUAAUGUCAUCAUCGUGAUAGAGAGAUUUGUUGCAUCUCCUCACUUGAUAGGUGAUGAUGCGAGAGAUGACCUUUACAACAUGUUACCUGCGAGCGUGAGAACAUCGCUGAGAGAAAGGCUAAAGCCCUACUCGAAAAACUUGAGUUCUUCGACAGUUUAUGAUCCAGGACUAGCAAAAGAGUGGACAGACGCAAUGGCGGGUAUCUUGGAAUGGUUGGGCCCAUUAGCUCACAACAUGAUAAAAUGGCAAUCCGAGAGGAGUUAUGAGCACCAAAGCUUGGUUUCAAGGACGCAUAUAGUUCUUGCACAAACCCUUUUCUUUGCAAACCAGCAAAAGACAGAAGCCAUCAUUACGGAGCUUCUUGUUGGGCUCAACUAUGUUUGGAGAUUUGGCAGAGAACUUAACGCCAAGGCUCUUCAAGAGUGUACCAGCAGUAAAACCCUUGAGAAAUGCUUGGACACAGAUAACUAGGGAAGCUCUCCAAGACUACAAUACAAGUCUGCAUUUUUACUACCUCUUUGAUCUAAACCGGCACGCACUGCCCGGGAAACCAAACCGUGCCCACGCCCAGUUAUCAUAUCAUAUACCGCUUGGACCAAACCUGAGGACAAAAGCUGUUACAUUGCUCGGUUACCACGAGAGGUAUUGUGAUCUGAGCUCAUCUUUAUCUUAUCUUCUUUACUAUUCUGCUUCGUGGAUUGCAAAUUCUGACUUGUAGUAAGAUAAUGAUGAUGAUGCGUUGUAUAUUGUUCUACGAUUUUACUGUGGUUGAGAUACAUACUGCAUAUACGUAUGUGCCAAGUUUGUUUUUGAUUAUGUAAAAUCUAGUGGUGAUACAGAAGAAUCCUUGAUUUCGGAUUUUAUGUUCCAUGUUGUCCAAGUUUUGUCUGUAUUUA